GAUCUAGCCGAGAAAUCGAGAAAUGCAGCAACCUCCGACUCUCUAUUGCAUAUAGGGCCGCACAGCUUCUGUGUGAACCUUUUGAAAGAUGCAGAGCCACUGCGCGCACUACAAGGCAGGCGCAGCAGCGCGCCGGGAGAAAAGCAGCCGAGAAAUCAGUUCGUCUGCACCGACGCGACCGCUGCAUUGCCGUAGCUCACAGCCAUCGCGUGCAAUUACGUUUGCUAUAAACUUACGCGCCGACGGAUCCUACGACGCGGGCCUUACGCGCCCGCAAGCAGCUCGGCAGCGCGCCCGUCGGAGGACCGGUCCACCAUCGACAGCAACUGUUUCGCGAUGGAGCGCUAGCGACUCCGACGCCAGUCGCUUCGACUGGCUUGACGGCGCAAAGCAACAACAGACGCAGGUCCUGGUGGACGCGCUGUUUGCGGCCGAGUCUGUGCCGCCGCCGCGGCUGCCGGUGCUCCUGGCGCUGCUGGAGGGCCGGCCCGACCUGGAGCAGGCACUGGUGGAGGCGGGGCUUCCGGCAGCUGCCGCCGCCGUGCUCCGCUCGGACCUGCUGCAGCGGCUGCUGCCGGGCGGGCUGCUGCUGGAGACCCUGAUGGGGCUGAUUGAGGACCGCGCGACCGAGCUCCCAGCCGAGCAACUGCUGAUGGCGUGUCGCCUGGUGGCAGCCUGGCACCCGCCCAACGGCUGCGAAGCUCUGGGACCCGCCUCCGCCAGCCUAGCCACCGCCAUUGCUGACGCCGUGCUGGCGGGCCCCGACUCAACGGGCGAGGCCGACAAGGCUGACAGCCGCGGCAGCGGCGGCAGUAGUGCCGACUUUGCCGCUACGGCCGGGAUGCUCGCGGACGCGCUAACGCUGCUACAGCCCUGGCUAGCGUGGCGCGCAAGCGGCAGCGGGUCGGCGGCGGCGGCCGCGGGCACCUCGGCAGCGUCGGCGGCGGCGCUGGGGCUCCUGGAUGCCGGCGUUGCGGCGGCGGAGGAGGCGGCAGAGGCAGCGGACGCGUUGGCGGCGGCGCGCGGCGCGGCAGAGGCACUGCUGCGGCGGCCUGAAGUGGCGGCGGCGGCUGACACGGGCGUGCUGCUUGCGGUGACGGCGGCGGCGGCGGCGUACGAUGUCGAGGUCCCGCGGGACCUGGCGCGGACGGCGGUCAGCCUGGCGUCGACGGCAUCCUCGUCAUCGCCCACUGCGUCGGCCGGCAGUAGCAGCACCACCAGCAGCGGCGCCGGCAGCAGUAGCGCCACCACGGCGGCUGAGCUGGCGGCGCAGCUAGUUGCAGCAUCGGUGGCGGGCGCGGCCGGCGGUGCUGCCGGUCACGGCCGCGGCCGGGGCCGCAACCAGCUCUCUGGCGAGGAGCUGGAGUCGGUCGUGUGGGCGCGCCUGGCGUCAGAGGUCGGCGCGGCGGAGCACGCCGCGUUCCUGCGGGAGCUGCUGGGCCGGGUGCGGCAGAUGGCGCCGGGCUCGGGCCGCCUGCAGCUGCAGCCGGAGGAGCAGCAGCACGAACAGCAGCCUGGCUCGAAGGCGGGCGAGGCGGGGCCGGCGGAUGAGCAGCAGGCGGCGCGGCGGGCGCUGGUGGUGGCGCUGGGCUCGGCGGCGGGCGGCCUGGGGCCAGACGCUCUGGCGCUGGCGGCGGAGUGCGCGGCGGCGGUCUUCCCCGGUGACACGAUUGGAGACGGCGCCGAUGCACUGGCGUCGACGGCGGCUGCUGAGCUGUUGGGCUGUGCGGCGGACGCGUCGGCGGAGCCGGCGGCGGCGUGCACGGCGGACCAGGUGUGCCGGCUGGCGGCGGCGGUGCUGGCGCUGCGCGCACGUGUCGGCGCGAGCGUGAACGAGACGGCGGUGGCGCGGGUGCUGGCGGCGGCGGAGGCGGUACAGCUGCAGUCAGCGAGUACUGACGCCGUUGCGGCGCUGGUUGCUGCGGCGGCGGUGCCGGGUGGCGGCCUUGCACUGCCGCCGCCGCUUGUCGAUGCGCUGCUAGUCCAGCUGACUGCAGCCGCGGCGACGGCGGCGCCCGUGGAGGAUGUUGCGGUGGACGGGUCGGCAGGCACGGCCAAGUCAGGCCGCAAGCAGGAGGCAGCACCGGCUGCGGCGGCUGUGGCGCAGCUGACGCCGCAGCAGGCCGCUGCGCUGCUGGAGGUGGCAGUGGCGGCGGCAGAGGAGGCCGCGCAAGCCGCCGCCGCCGCCGUGCCGUCGUCCUCCACCGCCGCAGAGCCCGCCACGCCCGCGCCCAUUCCGCCGCAGCGCGCGGCGGUGCUGUGCGCCGCCAUUGACGUCGCCAUGCGGCUCCUCACGCCGUCGGUCCGCCGGGUGGACUCUGUGUCCGACAUCACACGCCUGCUGGUGCUGGCGCAUCGCUGCCAGCGCGCGGGCCUGCGGCCGCGCGAGCAGCGCGGGCUGCUGUGGGCCGCGCACGAGCGGCUGCGCGUGCUGGGGCUCAGCAUGAGCCCGGCAGAGGCGGUGGGCGUGCUGCGCGCCUGUGCUGCGCUCAAGUGGGCGCCCUCCGUUCUGUUCUCCGAGCUGCUGCUGCCACUGCUGCGUCAGCUGCAGGCAUCCGCCGCCGCUGCGGCAGCGGCGGCGGGCGGCCCCUCCCCCGCCUCCGGCGCCGGCUCUACCUCGGGCGCGGACGACACAUCCGCUUUGGGGGCGUGGGGCGAAGCGGGGAGCGGCGGCGCGGCCAGCCGGCCGUGGACGCUGCGCGAGGUGCGGUCAGCGCUGGCGCUGCUGGCGGCGGUGGGCUAUGACGGCCCUAUGGCCGCCUCCCUGGUCAAGCUGGGCGUAGGCGAGCUGCUGAGGGCGCACCACGUCGCAGCUACAGCCGCCAGCAGGCGCAGUAGCAGCGAAGCCGGGGCCGAGGGUGAGGGCGCGCUGCUGGGUGCGGAGGACAUGACGCAGCUGCUGUGGGUGUGCGUGGCGUUGCGCUACCGCGGCGGGGCGGUGCUGCGGCCGCUGCUGCAGCUGCUGCUGCUGGUGCCGGCGCCCCAGGUGUCCGUGCGCGCGGCGGCGCAGGCGGUGUGGGCAGCGGCGCGGCUAGGGGUGGUCGGCGAGCGGCUGGUGCGCUGGGCGCUGGCGGCGUGCCAGGGGCAGGGCAAGCUGGCGGCGGCGCCGCCGCAGAGCCUGGCCAACCUGUGCUGGGGCCUCGGAAAGCUCGGCGUGAAGCCGCCGCGCGCGUUCGUGACGGCGAUGGCGGUGGCAAGCCUGGGCCAGCUGCCCCACUUCACGCCGCAGGAGCUCGCCACCACGGCCUUCGUGCUGGCCACCUGGGGCGGCCGCCUGGGCGCCGCCGCCUCCGGCCUGGUGCGCCACGUCGUGGCCACACGCUCCCACUUCGACGGUCCAGCGCUGUGCGUCGCCGCCUGGGCAGUGCAGCGACUGGCGGCGGCGCCGCCAGCUGACGCCACGGCCGACGCCGCCGCCUCAGCGGACGUGACGCCUGGCCUGGACGCGGCGUCGCUAGGGCUGCUGGAGCAGCGGCUUCUGGAAGCGGUGCAGGAGGCGGCGCAUGAAAGGCGGGGCCGGCCCGGCACAGGCGACUUCCUCCAGUCGCUGCCGGGCGUGGCAGACCACCACUUGCUCCGCUUCUUCUCCGCCGCCUCCGCCGCCGGCUACCGCCCCGCCGCCCUGCUGGCCGCCUACUGUGACGCGCUGCUGCCGCGGCUACAGCGCUUCAACGGCUGUAGCCCGGCGGCGGCGGCGGGUGCGGCGCGCCGGGCGCGGCUGCUGUGGUCCGCGGCACGCGUGCUGCAGACCUUCCGUGUGACGGCUGCGGAGCGGCCCGAGCUGCUGGCGGCGCUGGAGCACGCGGCGGAGCAGUGCCAGGCGAUCCUGGGGCCGCAGGCGCUGGCAGGGGUGCUGUCCGCGAUGAGCGACCUGGGGCAUUACCCGGCGGGCUGGGCGGCGCGUGGGCUGCUACGCUGCGUGCGCCUUGGCUUGGUGGAGGCAGACGCGACUGAGGCGGCGGCCAUCGUGGCUGCGCUGGCGGCGUGGGGCGAGCGGCUGGAGGAAGGCGAGGCCGCAGCGGCGGCGGCGGCAGCCGCGGCGGCGGCGGGAGCGGAGGACGGGCGCCAGGGAAACGGGCUGGCGGCGGCUGGGGGCGAGGAGGCGGGGAACCCCAGUCGCGCGGCUAAGGCCGCGAAGCCAGCUCCGAGCGGCAAGCAGGCGGUGUCCCGCCGUCUGGACCUGCUGAGGCAGGUGGCGGUGGCUCGGCUGACAGAGCUGUGCGUGCCGCCGCCGGUCGUUGCGGCGGCGGGGCCGGGCGCCGCCGCUGCUGCGGCUGCACAUGGGCAGGCCCUGCCCAGUGCUGCCGGCGCUGCCGCCGCCGCGCCUUCACCUGCUGAGGCAUCCGGUGCUGGGUUGACGCCGGCCGCUGCUGCUACUGCGGCGGCGGCGGCGGAGGCGCCUUCGGCUGGCGGUGCCAUCGCGCAGCCCUCCAUAGAGCCCGAGGUCGCGCUGAGCCUGCUGCGCUCGCUGGCUCGGCUGCGCUGGCACUCGGACCCUCUGGAGGGUGCGCUGGUGCGUGCGGCGGCGGCGCUGACGGCGGACCCGGCGGGUCGGCGCCGCGUGCCGGCGCUGACCACGCUGCUGUGGGCCAUGGCCAGCCUGCGGCAGGACGUGCCCGAGCUACUGGAUGACCUGCAGGCGGCGCUGAUGGGCCUGCCCCGCAACACGCGGUCCCUGGCGGAGGAGGUCGCGCUGUUGGAGUCGGGCCGCCUGGCGGGCGCACUGGGAGCAGACUCCCAGCGCCCUCCGGCGCCGCCAUCCGUGCCGCCCGUGCAGCCGGUGCAGCCGGUGCAGCAGCACUCGCAGGCGGCGGCAGAGCCCACACCGGUAGUAGAGGCGAGCGCGCAGCCCACCGUAGUGUUAGCGGCGGCGCAGGCGGCCGCGCAGCCGCGGCCGUCGCCAGCUGCCAGCCCCAGCGCACCCAGCACGCCGUCCAACUCCACCACCGCCUCCGCAGCAGCUUCCAACAACCACAACCACAACAGUACCAACGGUAACGGCCUGUUGGCUCGGCCCAACAAGCCCGCGGUCCCGACUCCCGCAACCGCCGACACCGUCUCCCCCACCGCCUCGCUCUCCUCGCUCUCCUCCCUCUCCUCAAUGGACGGCGGCGCCGGCGGCGGCUUCGAUACCGCCGCUGCCACUGCCGCCGCGGCGGCGGCGCUGAACCAACGCCUCGAGCAGCAGCUGGUCGGCGCCGCCGGCCGCGGCCGCCUAGCUUCGGAGCCUUGGGCUCCUGUCGACGUGUUCAAAGCGCUGUGGGCGUGCGCCAAGAUGAAUCGGCACCCGGGCCCACAGAUCCUGGCGGCAGCUGAGCGCAGCUGGGUGCUGCACACAACGGACGGGGCGGCGGGUGGAGCGGAGGGCCGGACGCUGCCGCCGCUCCACACGGUCACGGGGCUGCUGUGGUCGCUGUCCGUGUUCCGGCAUCACAACAGCGCCUUCGCGCAGCAGCUGGCAGCGCAGCUGGCGGCGCGCCUGGGCGUGCUGGCGGCGGCAGCUGCCGCCGACGGCGGCGAGGCUGACGGCGCCGCCGCGGCGGCGGCGGCGUUGGAGAAGCAGGCGCCGCAGCUGGCGGCGUGCCUUCUGGCGGCGGCAGCGGACCGGACGGACUCGCCGCUGAACGCGGCGCUGGCUCCGGAGGCGCGCGGGCGGCUGCUGAACGUGUGGCGGGCGCGGCAGGCGGAGCGUGUGGCCAGGCCGCCCGGCAGGUACCAGACCGACCUGGUGUCGGUUCUGCGCAAGAUGGGCUACACAGCUGCAGCCAACGUGGCCACGCCCGACGGCGUCGCCGUCGCCGACGUCGCCGUCGCAGUCACGCCCAACGCCGGCCUGCGCGCCGCCUCCACCGCCUCCGCCUCUCCCGGCACCUCUUCCACUAGCUCCAUGGACAGCGGGGACGGCGCAGCCGCCGCUACUGCUGCUACUGCCGACUCCGGGCUGGGCUCCGGUGCUGCUGCUGCGGCGGCGGCGGCGCCUGCGCCUGCGGCUCCUCGGCUGCUGGCUCUGGAGCUGGUUGGGCGCCACAACAGCGCCGCGAACAGCCCGCGCAUCAUGGGCGAGGCGGUCAUCAAGUACCGCCUGCUACAGGCUCACGGCUACCUGGUGGUGCCGGUGUCGUGCUACGAGUGGGACCGCAUCAGCCACCAGGACGUGUGGACCAAGAUGGUGUACCUGCAGGCCAAGAUUGACCGCCGUACGGGCACGGGCCUGGCGGCGAGCAGUGUGUCGGCCGCAGCGGCGGCGGCGGCGGCGGCGCCGGCGGCUGGCGCGGAGGGCCAGACGCAGACGCAGGCGGUCAGCGCGAGCAGCGGGUUGAGUCGGUCGCAGCCGCAGUGAGGGGCUGGCGUUGGGAAUAAUUGGAAGUGAUGGAGGAGGUCCGUGGUGUGGACUGGCUGCAAGCUUGCGCGUCAGCAGCGCGGGGGUUUAAGUAGGGAUUACGGGGUCGGGGUGGAGUUGAGCGGUGCUGAGCGACAGGGCUGCUUCCUCUAAACUGUGUGCGUAAGAAAGAUUAGUGCGAGAGGAGAGCUGGCCCUGUGUGUAUGCGCGAGUGAGUGUGCGUGUAUAUGUGUGUGUGUAUACGCCACCCGGGGCCGGUACGAGUGAGCACGCUCACGAGUAUUCAGUGGCAUCUCGGGAUACAUGACUACACGAGCUCCACGCAAUAGAACUAUGGCAAGGCAGACUGUUUUGUGAGCGGUGUGCUUUUGUGAGCUGCCAAGACACGAAGAGAUUAGAUCAGGUGGCAUUCUUGCCAUGUGCUCACAUGGUGAAAGCGUGUGAAAUGCCAACAACCAGUCAACUAUUUUAACAGCGUUGACAGCAGUGGACAGCAGCAACAAAUGCGUCGUGUGAACUGCGGUGAGCACAGAGUGUGAGGGCGCGGGGUGAGAGGGGCGCAAGGGCACGGACACCUGUUUGACGAGUGUGCUUGGGCCAUUGUUCAUUUUUAAUCAUAUGCUGAGUUGACUAUUGUCAGGGACAAGGCCGAGGGCCUGCAAGCCUGUGCAAGAAACUCGCGUUGCACGUGAGCACCAUCUGCGGCCGUGAGCUGCAUGGGCAGUGGGUGAGCGCAGCCGCCGCACGCGUACGUGUAACGCUCGCCAUGA